UUUACGUACACCUCUCCACAGAUUCAAAAUGAAAUUCUAGCUCUUUGCGGUCACAAGAUUCAGCAGUCGAUAGUCCACGAACUCCGAACGUCCGGUAUGUAUGGACUGAUUUGUGACGAAACCACAGACGUAUCGAGACAAGAGCAGAUGUCCAUUUGUGUUAGGUACGUAAGUGAAUCAAUGACAGUAAAGGAACGCUUCUUGGGCUUUUGGCCAGCCGAAAGUACCGAUGGAAAGUCACUGUUCAAUCUUCUAAAUCAAGCUUUGAAUGAGUUAGGAAUUCCUGUAGGUCAAAUGAGAGCUCAGUGCUAUGACGGUGCGUCCAAUAUGCGAGGGAGAUACAAAGGUGUCUGUACUCGUUUUCAGGAAGUGGAAAAGAGAGCUCUAUACAUCCACUGCCAUGCUCACGUGCUGAACCUUACUCUAGCGAAUGCUUGUUCCGCGGUCCAGGAUAUUAGAAACGUUCUUGGAGUGGUAAACAGCCUCUACAAACUGCUGGAAGGAUCGGCAAAGAGACAUUCGCGGUUUCAGGCUAUCCAGGAGAAGCUAGGAGGCAGUUCUGUCACUCUCAAGAGACUUUGUGAAACUAGAUGGUCUUCACGCUAUGAAGCUGUACAUGCUAUCAAGUCCAGUUUUGAUGCGAUCAUUCACACUCUUGAAGCAAUUUCAACUGAAGAUGCCGAAUUAGGACCAGAAGCAUCCUGUCUUCUGAAGUCUGUUCAGACUUUCCACUUCUUCUUCUAUAUUUCAGUGUUGGAAGAGGUACUUGGGAAAACUGCUGUUCUUUCACGCUACUUACAAGGUCGGCGUGUCGAGCUGUCUGGAGUCAAGUCGAAAGUUUCUAGCACAAUCAAAGCCGUGGGUGCACUUCGUGAAGACUUUCAAGACGUCUGGAAAAAUACUGAAGACAUUGCGUCAAAACUAAGCUUGGAACUUCCACAACUUCCGCGCAAACGUAAAGUAGCACAGCGACUGGCCAUGGAUGGUGGUGGUACACCAUAUUACCCUCAGUCUUGUCAAGAGCAAUAUAAACUGGUUUACAAUGAGGUCGUAGAUAUCGUGCGAAUGGAAAUGAAAGAGAGAUUUCGUGAGAAUGAAUAUGAAGUUCUGGCUGCAGUCGAAAAACUUCUAGUAGACUCACUGACAGAGAGCCGACCAGACCGGUCGAGUCUUCAGACAGUGUGCACAUUUUAUGGCAACGACUUCAAUUCUGGCCGACUUGAGCAUGAACUUGAAAUUUUUUAUGGUAAUAUUCAAGCGUACCAAGGCGAACCGGACUGGACUGUAGAGAGUGAAGAGGGAACUGACUUGCCCGAACUUGUAAAAGUCCGGACGUUCUUCAACAAAGGCACUAACAGGGACUGCUACCCAGAAACUUGUAAGCUUCUUAAGACACUUCUUGUCAUUCCUGCAUCUUCAUCGGAAUGUGAACGAUCAUUUUCCACUCUCCGUCGUUUGAAAACGUGGCUCAGAACGUCGAUGGGACAAGAACGUCUGACUAGUCUAGCACUCCUGACAGUCGAGCGCGAAGAAUGUCGAAAAUUGGAGUGUAGAGUGGAAGACCUUGUUGCAGAGUUUGGGUCUAGUGGACGAAGGCGUUUACUGUUAAAUUAGUUUAUCGCACCUCCGUGACGUCUAGAACAGCUGUUGCAUUUAAACUAUGCUACGCUAUCUAGAGUACCCUGGAACCGUUGGUUAAUUGCAAACUAUUUAGCUGCCAGUAGAACGUACUCUGCUCACACAAGAAUGAUCAAUUCUCCAAGCUCCCACGUAUGCACCACUCAGUCUUCAAGUACGCAUGUGACAGCUUUUUGCCCAUAUGUAGGUACGUACUACGAAGGCAAGAAGUGUGUGGUUGGCUGAUUUGACUGAUGAAGUGGGCGUGUCCCGUUGCGUCGCAAAGUCUAGCCCCCCCAA